AUGAAAGCGCAAGACCAAAUCGAUGAAGCAUACGGUGAUUGUGAUGAAGAAGGAUUCUGUGAAGAAUGGAUGGCAGCAAGAACUGAUAUAGUCUUGGCUACUAUUUUAGAUGGAGUUAUAUUUUUGCUUUUACUGGCAUUUUUUAUUGGUGGAAAUAGUCUAAGGAAAGAUCAUUGGAAGUUGAUUACUGGAUUAAUUAUUCUUGAUUGUUUCCUUCAAUUUUCAGUUGUGGCAUUGAUAUUUCAUGCAUAUAAAAAUUCAGAAAAAUUUAUUUAUGGAUAUAGACUUGACACAAGUUUUUAUCUUGCCUCAUUAGCAGCAGUAUUAAAUUUAACAAAUGGAGUUGGAUUUAUUGUUUAUUCAGUCUUCCUUCAACCAAAAGAAGAACAACUAUCAAAUGACGCUAAUAAUGAUAAUGGAUAUGAACCAAUUAAUCAAUCAGAUGAGGAUGACAUUGAAUUUAACCGACCUGUUCCUCAAUUAUUGAUGGUAGGAAAAAAUGGUUCUAAAAAUAAAUGA